AUGGGUCGCUCCAAACGAAGCCUGACCAACCCCGUGGGCAGCCGGUCCUCCUCCUCGGCCACCGCAACCGUCUCCCACAACCGGUCCGCCUCGACCGUCGCCGAGCGAGCGCCGCAGCUGCCCGAGAUCGACCUGGAGCCGCUUGACUUCGCCGUGCUCCGCGAGAAGCGGGCUUCCAUCGCGACCAACCCGGAGACUAACUACGGGCUUGACAUGUUCGACGUGCGCCUGUCGUACAACGCGGCGCGCCGCAGCCUGAUUCGCGACAAGGACGAGCUGCCGAUCGACUUCUCGGCGCUCGGGGAGGCGGAGGCGGUGCCGGCGGUGCCGCAGCUGCCGGCGGACUUGCGCACGCUGCACUCGUCCAAGAUGAAGGAGGUCUUGGGUAUGGAUCCGGGUGAGGAGACGGAGGUGGAGCGGGACGGGUCGUACACGCCAGAGUCGAUCCUGCGGAAAUCCGAGGCGGAGAAGGAGGAGGAGCAGGUGGUGCCAGAGUAUAUCCAUGGCUGGCGACUGGUCAGUGUCAUGGUGGCGAUUACGCUGGCGUGCUUCCUGUACCUGCUGGAUGUGUCGAUUCUUGUGACGGCGAUCCCCAAGAUUACGAGUGACUUUCACUCCCUCACAGACAUUGGCUGGUAUGGCGCCACUUAUAACCUGGCCAGCGCCGCUCUCCAACCGCUCUCGGGCAAGUUCUACACUUACUUCCACGCCAAGUGGACCUUCCUCGCCUUCUUCCUCGUCUUCGAGCUCGGCAACCUGCUCUGCGGCGUCGCCACCUCGUCGACCAUGAUCAUCAUCGGGCGCACCGUCGCCGGCGCCGGCGCCUCGGGCCUGACCAACGGCAGCUUCGCCAUCGUCACCGCCUGCGCGCCCAUGGAGAAGCGCCCGCAGCUGAUGGGCAUCCUCAUCGGCGUCUGCCAGAUGGGCCUCGUGGCCGGGCCCCUCAUCGGCGGCGCCCUCACCGAGUUCACCUCCUGGCGCUGGUGCUUCUACAUCAACCUGCCCGUCGGCGCCGUCACCGUCGUCGCCUUCCUCGUCACCGCCAUCCCGGACAAGCGCCGGUACGUGCAGAACACGGGCAAGCUGACGCUGCGCACGAUGGACGUGCCGGGCUUCGCGCUGUUCGCGCCGGCGGCGGUGAUGAUCCUGCUGGCGCUGGAGUUUGGCGGCGGCAAGUUUGCGUGGAGCUCGCCGACGAUUAUCGGCUUGUUUGUGGGCGGCGGCGUGGAGGUGGUGCUGUUCUUGCUGUGGGAGAGGCGCGCGGGGAUGACGGCGAUGAUCCCGCUACCGAUCAUCGGGAAGCGCGAGGUGUGGACGGCGUGCGUGGCGAGCAUGUUCAUGUUCUCGACGAUGCUGGGCGCCGGGUACUACCUGCCGGUGUACUUCCAGACGGUGCGGGGGAUGUCGCCGCUACGCAGCGGCGUGUCGAUGCUGCCGGCCAUCGUGACGCAGCUGGUCGCCACGGUCGUCUGCGGCGGCGUCGUCCAGCGCGUCGGCUACUACCUGCCCUUCAUGGUGGUCAGCGCCGUCAUCAUCGCCGUCGCCAACGGCCUGCUGUCCACCUGGGGGCCGCACACCGGCACGCUCACCUGGGCCGGGUACCAGGUGCUGCUCGGCGUCGGCCGCGGCAUGGCCUUUCAGAUGCCCGUCAUCGCCAUCCAGGCGCACACGCCGCCGGCGCUGGCCUCCGUCGCCACGGCCACCAUGGUUCUGUUCCAGACCUUCUUCGGCUCCGUCUUCCUCGCCAUCAUCAACACGCUCUUCAACACCAAGCUGAAGCAGGAGCUGAACCGCCGCCUGCCGGAGAUUGGCGCGGACAAGAUCAUCAACGCCGGCGCGGCGGACAUCAAGAGCGUCGUCUCGGCGGACAAGAUCGCGCAGGUCCUCGAGGCGUACUCGCUGGGCGUCAACGAGGUGUUUUACGCCAUUGCGGCCAUUUGCGUGUGCAUGUUCAUUUUUUCGUGGGGCACCGGUUGGACCGACAUUCGCAGGAAGCCGGAGCCGGAAAAGGGCCAGGUUUGA